AUGGCCAACAGCAGCUCUGUGAGUGAGUUCCUCCUGCUGGCAUUAGCAGACACACGGGAGCUGCAGCUCCUGCAUUUCGGGCUCUUCCUGGGCAUCUACCUGGCUGCCCUCCUGGGCAACGGCCUCAUCCUCACCGCCGUAGUCUGCGACCACCGCCUCCACACCCCCAUGUACUUCUUCCUCCUCAACCUCGCCCUCCUCGACCUCGGAUCCAUCUCCACCACUCUGCCCAAAGCCAUGGCCAAUUCCCUCUGGGACAACAGGGCCAUCUCCUAUGAAGGGUGUGCAGCUCAAGUCCUUUUUUUCGUCUUCUUUUUUGAUGCAGAAUAUUCCCUCCUCACCAUCAUGGCCUAUGACCGCUACAUUGCCAUCUGCAAGCCCCUGCACUAUGGGAGCCUCCUGGGCACCAGAGCUUGUGCCAAGAUGACAACAGCUGCCUGGGGCAGUGGCUUUCUCAAUGCUGUCCUGCACACGGCCAAUACAUUUUCUCUGCCCCUCUGCCAAGGCAAUGAAGUGGACCAGUUCUUCUGUGAAAUCCCCCAGAUCCUCAAGCUCUCCUGCUCAGAUACCUACCUCAGGGAAACUGGGGUUCUUCUGGUUACUGCCUGUUUAGGUGUUGGCUGCUUUAUUUUCAUUGUGGUGUCCUACAUGCAGAUCUUCAGGACUGUGCUGAGGAUCCCCUCUGAGCAGGGCUGGCACAAAGCCUUUUCCACGUGCCUCCCUCACUUGGCUGUAGUCUCCCUGAUGGUCAGUACUGUCUUGUUUGCCUACCUGAAGCCCCCCUCCAUCUCUUCUGCAUCCAUAGACCUGGUGGUGUCAGUUCUCUAUUCAGUGGUACCUCCAGCACUGAAUCCCCUCAUCUACAGCAUGAGAAACAAGGACCUCAAGUAUGGAGUGAAGAAACUGUUUCUAUACAUGCUUCUUAAGCAUCAUUAA